AUGGUCUCUUUCAACGUUCCAUCUCUCGUCAUGUGGCGAGAUCUGACACCCUACCCCGGACGCCUCCUCCAAUCGUCAGCAGACUCUCCCCACGUCCUAAUUGUAGGCGCAGGUGUGACUGGUCUCGUGACCGCCUGGGUCCUCCUAGAUAAGGGGUACAAGGUGACUAUUGUCUCCAAAGACUGGGCCAACUUUACCCCAACCAACCGUCUCACAGCUCAGAUUGCUGGUGCACUUUGGGAGUACCCUCCCGCAGUCUGCGGAGCCCACACAGACCGGAUCUCACUUUCCAACUCGAAGCGAUGGUGCAUGACAGCCUAUCAUGCUUGGGACGCCAUUGCCUCGGUGCCAGGACUGAGUCGUGCUUCGGGGGUGAGGAUGAUGCCUUCAGACUUCUUUUUCCCAACACCUGUCGAGAAGGACCCAGCACAAUUCUCCAAGAUGGCUGAGAUCAUCUCGAGCGGCGUGAAGGGUUUCCGACAAGACACCAAGUUGAUGGAGCAGCGAAACGUCAACCCAAGCUACGGUGCCGUGGACGCGUAUGAAUUGCUCGCUCCCAUCAUCGACACAGACCAAGCCAUGAUGUGGCUUAUGAGCCUCGUCCACGGCAAGGGCGCCACCACCGUGACGGAAACGAUCACCGGUGACCUGCUUGAUCAAGAAGAAACCCUCCGCGCGCGGUUCGGCGUCGAUGCCAUUGUCAACGCGACUGGUCUUGCUGGCACUGAAGUUGCUGGCGACCCAUCAUGCUACCCAAUUCGUGGAGCUUUAAUCCGCGUGAUAAACGACGGCAAAGACUUCCCCAAGGUUGAGGCUGCUUUGACAAUCACCGCUGACGCGGUUCACGACUCCAAUGAGAUAGUGUUCCUGGUGCCCCGCAACGACAAUAUCCUGCUGAUCGGCGGCAUCGCCCAGCCACACGAGUCGAACUUGGACCUCACGCUCGACACUCCCAUCGUCAAGCGCAUGCGCAAGCGUUGCGAGGCCUUCCUCCCAGGUCUCAAGGACGCGCGUGUCGAUUCCACGUACCCCCUGGCUCAGGGUCUCCGGCCGUUCAGGCAAAAGAACGUGCGGGUUGAGAGGGAGCUCCGAAACGUCCCUGGUACGGAUAAGCCGAGUAGAAUUGUGCAUUCGUAUGGACAAGGAGGUGCUGGGUGGAGUCUUUCUUUUGGCUGUGCUGGAGAUGUUGCGAACCUGCUGGAAGAGGCGAUGUCCGACUUUGCACCGACUCCUAUGGAGUUUGACCACUCAUACUCUGAUGGGAAUGAGUCGCAUGGCACAACUAGUUCUUUCAUUUCUGUCAGUAUGAAGACUCCCGAGUGA